CUUGAUUGCGUCUCGUUCUCCGUUGGCACAAUGGCUUCUGAUGGUUUGCGAGAACUUUCACGAAAGCUCUCUCGCCGUUCCCGUUCUGAGGACAAGAUUUCCGAAAAGAUGCCGCGCAAGUCAGAACCAGAGGGGCGUCCUCGCCGAAGGUCAUCCUGCAGCUCACAUCCUGCGACAAACCCUUCUGAAAUUUCUAUGCAGAGACAACCUGCACGCACCCAACAAAGAACCAUCGUAAACUUCGGUAACCCUGUGGUACUCCAGGAAUGUACGCGGGGUGACCGGGCAACCCAGCGUCCCAUUCCAUCACCAGACAGUGACACCGAGCUCCAGUACAGCUACGGGAACAUCUACGGUCACGGCUGCUUUCAGCAACAGGUACUCUUCUACACAAUCCUAUCCAUGCUCGUCAUGCAGUGCCACAACCUCGCAUUCACGCAAAUCGCACAACCAGUCGAAUAUUGGUGUAAAAGACCGGCUAACUUUGACAACAUCAGCCUUGAAGCCUGGAAGAAGCUUGGCACACCCAUCGAUGCCGACGGGAGCCACAGCCGUUGCGAACAGUACGACAGCGUUUACGCCAGCGACCGCGCUGUGGUCCCGUGCAAGGCUUGGGAGUUCGAGUCGAAUUCCACUACGAUUAUAGCGCAAUGGAACCUAGUCUGCAACAGGGAGUGGAUGCUGUCAUUAGCAGCAGCAAUGUACAUGGCUGGUGCCAUGAUCGCCGUGCCCAUCUCUGGCGUAUGGGCCGACCAGGUGGGUCGUAAACCCGUAAUGCGUGGUGCGGCGCUUGUCAUGACGUUCUCAGGAUUCUGUUGCUGCUUUGUGACCAGUUUUAUCCUCUUCGUGUGCGCCCGAUGCGUUGUGUCUGCGUGCGUCAGUAUCAUCUUCGUGCUAUCUUCCAUUGUGUCACUUGAGGUCACGAGCUAUGAGCACCGCGCGUACUACGGCACCAUAACAUCUUCUGUGGGCGUCAUAGUAGCCAAAGUCUUGUUCUUUGUCAUGGAACAUUUCAACAUAGAAUGGCGUGCGGUGUUAAUGAUUUUCAUGGUCUUCACUAUGGCCCUCUUCAUUGCAAUCUUCCAGUUGAAGGAAUCACCGCGCUGGCUGAUGGCUACGUUCGACUUCAAGCGCGCAGAGCAAAUCGUGUUAUGGGCAGCUAAACUAAAUAAUGAACCGCUGGACACCGUUCGAAGAGGGUACGGUGAGUUAAAGGGCAACUUGACGAAACAAUGUGAAAGUGUUAUUUCGCUGAAGCCACCGCAUACUCUCUUGUUCGCUAGUCCUGAGAUUCGGACUCGCUGCGGUAUACUUGGCGUGUGUUCAUUCACGCUAAUGUUCACUUACUACGGACUCUCAUACACCCAUCACAUACAGGUACAAGAGUGGGCACAGGUUGUUUUCAGUAUCAGCUUUGGACCGCUGGCUGCCGUCGCUUACGUGGCCAUGAACAAAUUUGGACGCAAGAGAACUUUGGCUGCCUCCCUUUUCGUACUAGCAACAUCCAGCGUGGCAUUGACCGCCACUACACACAUGUAUUCCGUGUUGCUUGACAAUGUGGUCCUAUUGAUUACUAGUGCAGCCACGUUGGUGGCUUACAUUGUCCACUUUGUGUAUACUACUGAGCUGUUCCCUACUGUACUACGUUGUGUCGCCGUCUGCGGAGUCUACACCUGCGGGCGCAUUGGAGCUACAGUUGCGGCAGCUAUCACGUCUUCGAUGGUCUUGACUGACCCAAAAGCCACAUUCGCCUUGAUUUCCGUCCUGGCGCUCGCCUGCGAGUAUGUGAUAUCGAAGUUACCGGAAACGCAGUCCAUGCAUUUAGCAAACACGGUGAAAGAAGCGGAGAUUGGGAAGCAGACACGCCGUGGAUCCGAGAAUGACGAAAGAGCUCCGAUUUCAGAAGAUGCUGUUAAAGACGGACAAGAAACUAUACAAUCACAGGCAUCAACAUUUCCAGUCAUGACACCCCCGCCACCGUCAGAAACAACUUUUGUCAGAAGAUAUCUCGAGUAGUUAUUAUUAUAGUUACAAUUCGAUUCAUUGUGGACCCACAUUUCGAACAAUGGCCUAA